GUGUGUUCAGCAGAGAGAGAGAGAGAGGAGUGUGUUCAGCAGAGAGAGAGAGAGAGGAGUGUGUUCAGCAGAGAGAGAGAGGAGUGUGUUCAGCAGAGAGAGACUGAAGCGACCCCUGGAACACGAUGGACGACUACAACCUUCCCUUCUGGAUCUACCUGGCCGUGGUGACGGUGUUUGUGGGCGGGGCCAUGAAGAAGAUCCUGGCGUCCCACCUGAGCGCGGGGCCCACCCUGGUGGCCUGGCUGGGGGCCACGGUUCUGGUGGAGCGGCUGUGGGCGUUCUGCCUGCCGGCCGUGCUGCUUCUGGUUCUGCUGGCCGUCGUCUGCUGCGUCCGCUCCGGCUCCGGGACCGGCCCGCCGCCCGGCCCGCCCGCGGAGGGCAAGGCCGUCUUCAUCACAGGCUGCGACACCGGCUUUGGGAACGCUGCAGCGAAGCAUCUGGACUCUCUCGGUCUGGACGUUUUUGCCACCGUUCUGGACCUGACGGGAGACGGAGCCAGAGCUCUGCGGAGAAGCUGCUCAUCCCGCCUCACCCUGUUGCAGGUGGACAUCACGCAGCCGCAGCAGGUGCAGCAGGCGCUGCUGGACACCAAGGCCAAGCUGGGCCUCCGAGGUCUGUGGGGUUUGGUCAACAACGCAGGAGUGUGUGUGAACUUGGGAGACGCAGAGCUGUCCUUGAUGUCCAACUUCAGAGGCUGCAUGGAGGUCAACUUCUUCGGCACGGUGAGCGUAACCAAGAGCUUCCUGCCGCUGCUACGACAGGCCAAAGGUCGCAUCGUCAACAUCUCCAGCCCAACAGGUGACCAGCCGUUCCCCUGCCUGGCGGCGUACGGAGCGUCCAAGGCGGCGCUGAACCUGUUCACUGAAACCCUGAGACAUGAGCUGGUUCCCUGGGGGGUUAAAGUGAGCACCAUCCUGCCGUCCUCAUAUAAAACAGCUCCCUCCAGCAACAACGCCUACUGGGAGCAGCAGCACCAGCAGCUCCUCCAGAGUCUGCCUCCGGCACUGAUGGAGGAAUACGGCGAGGACUACAUCGCCGAGACCAAGAACCUGUUCCAGAACUUCGCCGAGCACGCCAACCCAGACCUCAGUCCCGUGGUGGACGCCAUCGUCCAUGCGCUGCUGUCGCCGCAGCCGCAGCUGCGCUACUUCGCCGGGCGCGGCCUCGGCCUCAUGUACUUCCUGUAUAACUACUGUCCAAUCGGCAUCAGGAACCGCUUCCUGCAGAAACGCUUUCUGAAGAAGACGCUGAUGCCACGUGCGCUGAGGAAGCAGAUGGGUCUGCAGGCGAACCUGGACCUCAGCAACAACAGCAGCAGCAACAAUGAGGAUGAGCUGCAGAAGCCAGAGGAACUCUUCGCUCUGGAUCCCACUGCUGGAAGGACACCGAGAAACAGAAAAGAAACAACAAAUCUAGAAACCACAGAGGUGACAAGAACAGAAGUUCCUAAAUAUUUCAGAUAUAAAUCAGAAACCAAUCAAUAGCCAAUCAGACAUAUUCACAUUUAUGGUUUUAAUAAACUACUUUUCAGACUUUUUUCCAGAUAAGGAGCAGUUGCUUUGUUAAAUUUAACUGAGUUAAUAGACAUCAUUUUCUGUGUCCCUAAGGGAGACAAGUGGAAUAAAUUUAUACUUGACUUUGAUCAAAUAAUAAAAAUGAUCAACUGUUGAGUUCUUUUCUUAAAAAAAACAACAAAAAAAACUUAAUAAUUAUCUUACUAAUGUUGCACUAAAGAGGUUAAAAUAAAGAAAAGUACCGAUAAAAAUAGAAGCAGGAGUUUGAAAUGAUAAAUAAUUAGCACUAAAUGCUCAGGUGCAGGACAUAUAAAUAAGGAUUUGGUUUGACAUUGAGAGAAUGUGUUGUGCAUCAAUUCAAUAUUCUUUCAUUUCUCUUUGGGAUUGAAUUAAAGAAAUGUUAAAAAUUUUAAUAAGAUAAAUCUCAUCUAUUUUUGAGCCAAGUAUUUUAUUCAUAAAUGCAAAUUCAAAAAUAAAGCUCAUUGUUGAUCUGAGGAAAUAUUUUCAUUUUCUGUCUUGUUAAAAAAAAGUGGAACAAUAAAAACACAGUUUAUUCUCUAAUUUCAGGUUUUUUUAUCUGCAUGACCCAUUGGCUGAUGCUAUCCUUUGUAGACUGCCUAUUAUUUUCUGUUGUUAUUUUAAUUUCAAUUUAUUAUAACAAAUAUAAAUACAUGCUCGGAACGGCAAUCGAACCCCGACAUCUGUAUGGACCUUACCAAGCUCCGCCCACAACCGACCCACGUGACCGCAAGUCUCAAACAAAGCCUCGCGGCGCGUUGUUCCGAUGUAAACAUGACUGGAUCAGUGCAUCAUUUCUACCGGAUUCACCGUAACACUGACCUUAUAACAGGGCCGCUUUUCAUUGGCUGAUGCCCAUUCUACCUGGUCACGUGCGU